UGCGUUUAGUCAAUAUCAGUCAAGCAUUCGGUCUGAAGCAUCGGAAAUCCACAAAUUAAGUUUAAAGGACAAAAGAAGAUUAAAGUCAUCGCCGCUUUAAAAUGAAUAUCCGAAAGUUCUACCUUCUGCUCUUGACAUUGACUUUAUUUGAAGGUUAUUCAUUUUUUGUCUACGAUGCAGUUUCAUUGGCUCUCAGCAUUGGAGGAUUGGGAAUUGGAAUAGUUGGAACAAUUCUCGGCAUUGAUGGAGGCAAAGGUACAGAUAUACAACUUGACAACAUUAAGACCAAACUAAAUGGAUUAUCCGGGAAAAUGGAUUUUCUCGUAUCAAACAAUGGAUUGUUCAGCAAUUGGUUAACCGUAAGAUCUACAUUCCGUUCACGAAUGUCUUCAAUCUAUCGAGAUAUAAAUCGAGAGUUAACAGAUGUUGAAUGUGCUGCGAUCGCCAAUAGUGUCAUCGGAGAUGAUUCAGAUUCCAUCCAUCAGUUGAUUCAGAGAUUGCAUGAUAUGUUGUUUGAUUCGUCAUUAAGUCAUGGAUCCGUGUUCGAUAUUUUGACGGAAAAUAUUGAAACAAUAGCUAAUCGUAAGAACAUUUCUACAGAAACUCUCAUAUUUGAGUUUUACUUGGGCAUCAUGACUCUUGAAACAGAAGCUGCUAUCGCCUUGGAGUUUCAAUUUGACGUCUUUAAACAUGUGAAUCCGAACCAUAAUGAGAAUCGACGAAAUAUUGAAAGGAAUAAUUCAAUUCAGAGAAUCAAAACUACAAAAUCAAAGUUUAAGGAAUACAUGCAAAACGCAAAAUUACACAUAAAGAAGACAACUCUUGACGAGGAUGGAUUGCUUUGUUUGGGUAACCUUCAUGCAGAACCUGAAUAUGUAGUUUCAGACUUCAAGUUGGAAAAGAUUGUGCGUCAUUUUAACAGUACUCAACUAUGUACACAAUAUGCAUGUGUUCCUACUUACAAAGCUGUUACAUAUUACCAUCCCAAAAUCCAACAAAGUAAAUUAGGUCCGUUUGGUUUGACUGAUCCAACGACAUCUUCAUGGCAUAAAAUUGAACAGUACAACAAUGUUAAAGCCCUAAAAGAUUCAACGUUCGAUAACAAAGCAGCAAUGUUAGGAAAUGCAUCGCAUCAUUACGCCUUGGGCGAUAUUUCUAUAACUGAAUCGGAAAGUACUGUAAACAUUGAAAAAGCUUUUGGAAGAUUUGCUUUUGAAUCAGGCGCAUUGUGGGAAAAAGAUGAAGCUCCGACACAAGCUAAGCUAAUUUAUAAUGAAAUUAAAACUACUGAACCAUUUUCAAACACUCCAGUUGCUGACAUCCGUAUAUCUUAUCCUGAAAUAGAAGUGCAUAAGUUUGAUUAUAGUGUUUUUAUUUAAAAUUAUGAGAUUUAAUGAACAAAAAUUUGCAUAAAAUGCGCAAAUUGAAUAUACCCAAAUAUAAACUGUCAUUAAGUAAAAAUUUUAAUUUGUGAAUAGGGAUAAGAAAUAUUUUGCACAAAAAAUUAGAAAGUGAAACUUUAAAUUAACAUUUGCAUAUAAUUGAGUUGAUAGAUUUAAAAAUUUUACUUAAUAAGAACUUCAGUUUGAAUUAUUAUGUGAGAAAAUAAUAAAAAUAAAAUAUUUUUGUUCAUACAUUAAUUAAAGUUUGAAUAACAUCUUAUAUUUAUAGAUUGACCUUGCUUGUUAUCAACCCGCAGAACAAAACAAAACGAGACACAAGUUUGAAUAAAAUGAAUUUGCACAAAACUCUAAUUA